GUAUGCAUUGAAUGGUGUUUCACAUCCUUUUCCUGUUGUGUCUCAUGUCUUGUGUUUGCAUUCAAUCGACACUCAAUUGAUUUACAUUUAAAUUAAGAAUGGUUCGGAUGAAUGUCUUGGCGGACGCCCUCAAGUCCAUUAACAACGCCGAGAAGAGAGGCAAACGACAAGUUCUUCUGAGGCCCUCCUCCAAAGUGAUUGUCAAAUUCCUCAAAGUGAUGAUGAAGCAUGGCUAUAUCGGCGAGUUUGAGAUCGUGGACGACCACAGAGGCGGCAAAAUUGUGGUCAAUCUGACGGGACGUCUCAACAAGUGUGGAGUCAUUAGCCCUCGAUUUGAUGUCAAACUGCGA